AUGUCUGCCGCCGUUCUUAGCCACGCCACUCCCGCGGCCCUCCGCCCAGGACCCCCUGGUCAACCCGACAUCACCUAUGCGCCCGAUUUCGAAAAGUACCAGACAAGGGUUGCGACGCGCCUUAGCAAGGGUGGUCUAGCGUCAACGCUUCCCGUGGGAUUUCCGGAGGAAUUGCGCGGGGAUUUGGUGUGGGAGGGGGAGACGCUGCCAGAGACGUACGACUGGACUUUUGUGCUUAACGAAGAGCAGUUGGGGGAGAUUGAGAAAGCUCUGACCCAUUUCAAAUCGCUGAACCUCCCGCUUGGUUACAUCUCGGCCGAUACCUUUCCCCUCCCGACCCUCCACCCCGAACUUCGUCGACUGUCGAAAGAACUGCACAGUGGCCAUGGCUUCUUCGUCAUCCGCGGCGUCGAGGUCGACAAACAUACCCGCGAAGAAAACUUGAUAAUCUACGCCGGGAUCUCCUCCCACAUCGCCCCCGUUCGCGGUCGCCAAGAUUCCUCCUACGAGGGGAAGCCCGCGUCCGUGGUCCUGGCGCACAUUAAGAAUCUGAAUACGCCGGAGAACGAGGGCUUCAUUGGAAGCCCGGCGUACACGAGGGAUAAGCAGGUUUUCCAUACGGACGCGGGCGAUAUCGUUUCGCUGUUUGCGCUCGAGACGGCCGAGGAAGGCGGAGCCAGCAAGUUGGCCAGUACGUGGCGGGUGUACAACGAGCUUGCGAAGACGAGGCCGGAUCUCGUGAGGACAUUGUCAGAGAAUUGGAACGCAGAAAUCUUCGGAAACACUGGACAGAGAUUUACCCAGCGACCCUUGCUCUUCUAUCAGCCAGCAACCGACUCAACACCAGAACGCGUCGCACUCCAAUAUGCGAGACGGCAGUUCGUCGGAUUCGGAGCCCUGCCAAGAAGUCCCGAGAUCCCACCGAUAACCGAAGCGCAGGCAGAGGCACUUGACGCCUUGCAUUUCCUCGGAGAACGCUUCUCCCUGUCUACGGGCUUCGAGAAGGGAGAUAUACAAUACGUCAAUAAUCUGGCGGUGUUCCACGCGCGGGAUGGAUAUCGUGAUUCGGACACAAAGCAGCGGCACUUGGUCCGGCUUUGGCUCCGAGAUCCCGAGAAUGCGUGGGGGACUCCACCUCAGCUCGCGGACCGCUGGGCGCUUGUGUACGGCGGGGCAGAUCCAGAGACACACGUGUUUCCGUUGGAGCCAUACAUUCGUAGCGAGAGUGGGAAGCGAGUGAAGACGUAA